AGCGCUGCGAGGAAUGUGCCGUUAAUGAGAAAACGGAGUGUCGUUGAGCGGUAAGGGGCAAACAGACACAAAAACGAAUAGAAUGCUAUAAACCACAAAAAGGGGCGACAGGGAGGCAGAAGAGGGCAGGAAGCACAGGAGGAACACGCAUGGAAAGGACUAUUAUAAGGCGGAACGCGCAAAACCGUGGAGGUCUUUUUUUCGCUAUCCAUGCGGAGAUUUGAGCUAACGGACUUGUCGCUCGCCUGAACCAUGAAGGGGUUGCUUCUCCUGAGUUUGGCGUUGAGCUUUCACAGAGUAUGGAUGGCACGGUUCUCUCAGGAACCAGCAGAUCAGUCGGUGGUUCUGGGCCAGAGGGUGGUGUUGUCCUGUGUGGUCUUCAACUACUCGGGCAUCGUGCAGUGGACCAAGGAUGGGCUUGCCUUGGGCAUUGGGGAGGGCCUCCGAGCCUGGCCGCGGUACCGUGUGCUGCGGCUGGCAAACGUGGGCCAGUACAACCUGGAGAUCUCUUCUGCCGAGCUCUCCGAUGACUCGUUAUACGAGUGUCAGGCUACAGAAGCUGCCCUACGUUCUCGCAGAGCCAAACUCACUGUUCUCAUUCCUCCCGAUGAGCCAGUGAUCGAGGGUUCCCCAGAGAUCCUCCUCACUGCAGGUGUAUCCCACAACCUAAGCUGCAUGGCUCGGGGAGCCAAGCCCCCCGCUGUGAUAGAGUGGCAGAAAGACGGCUUGCCUGUAGAGGGCGCAGUCAGCACAACGGAAGUGCUGCCAGACAGGAAGCGAGUCACCACGCGGAGCUUCCUGCCCGUGCUCCCGGUGGACACCGACACAGGGAGGAACUUCAGCUGCAUGGCCACCAAUCAGGCGGUGCCCAAGGGCAAACGUGCUUCUGUCACUCUCAAUGUGCACCACCCUCCUGUGGUGGUGUUAUCUAUUGAGCCACGCUCUGUGCUGGAAGGAGACAGGGUGACCUUCACCUGCCAGGCCACUGCCAACCCCCCGAUAAUGGGCUACAAGUGGGCCAAGGGUGGUGUGGUUAUCCAAGGAGCCAGAGAGAGUGUGUUUGUCACUAAGGCGGACCACUCUUUCUUUACCGAACCGGUCUCGUGCCAGGUGUUCAACGCAGUGGGGAGCACCAACGUCAGCAUACUCGUGGAUGUCCACUUCGGCCCCAUCCUGGUGGUGGAGCCAAAGCCAGUAUCGGUGGACAUGGACUUGGACGUCACUCUGAACUGUAAGUGGGCGGGGAAUCCCCCCCUCACUCUAACAUGGACGAAGAAGGGCUCCAGUAUGGUGUUGAGUAAUAAUAACCAGCUGUAUUUGAAGUCGGUGAGCCAGGCUGACGCUGGCCAAUACGUGUGCAAAGCCAUAGUGCCCAGGAUCGGCGUCGGGGAGACCGAGGUCACUCUCACUGUCAACGGUCCCCCCAUCAUCUCCAGUGAGCCCGUUCAGUACGCAGUCAGAGGAGAGAGAGGAGAGCUGACGUGCUACACCACCAGCACCCCUCCGCCAGACAAGAUCGUGUGGGCUUGGAAGGAGAACGUGUGGGAGAAGGAGAAAGGCACCCUGCCCGAGCGCUACACAGUGGAGCAGAGCAAGCCCUCCGCAGAAGGAGGGGCCGUGCUCUCCACACUCACCAUCAACAGCGUCAUGGAGUCUGACUUUCAGUCCACCUACAACUGCACAGCGUGGAACGCGUUCGGCCCAGGGACCAUGAUCAUCACGCUGCAGGAAAGUGAAAUAAUUCAUGUUGGAGUCAUUGUAGGGGGCACAGUAGGCUGCUCCAUACUGCUGUUGCUCUGUCUGCUGGCAUUAGCCCUUUUCCUGUACCGUCAACGCAAAGGAAGUCGCCGAGGGGUCACGCUCGGUAAGCCAGACAUCAAGGUGGAGACGAUAAACAAAGAGACCCACAGCCUGGAGGAAGACUCAGGCAGCGUCUCCACAGCAACGCGCAUGGUCAAGGCUAUGUACUCCGAUCCUUUUGGAGAGGUUCUCCGAAGAACUGUCACGGAACGGUUCCUGGUUCUGAGGCCCAGUGGGAGCUUAAGUGUCCAAUCACAUUUCCCUCUCAGCUUCUGGACAUGCCCCAAGAGUGUGCAGCCCUUUAAAGAUGACAUCGACCUCAAGCAGGAGCUCCGCAGCGACACACUGGAUACACGCCAGGACUAUGAGCUCAAGGACCCGACGAAUGGCUAUUACAACGUGCGAGCCUCCACCCACGAUGAAGGCCGCCCUGCUUCCCGCUCGAUGCACUAUUCAGAGUACCGCUCCUCCAACCAACCAGGGGGAGCUGCAGCAGUUAGCAGCAGCUCAGGUGCCCCUGGAGCUACAGCAGGUCCCGGUACACCAAGCAGCUUGGCCCCAGGGUCACGAGCUGGCUGCUACGACCCCCGACCUCCUUCUAGACUGUCGCACAACAGCUACGCCCAGUUCAACACAUUCAGCCGGCCCGGGCAGACGCAGCAGCCUCCGCCCAGCUCCGGUCCACAGACGGGCGACUUCCCAGCAGACUGCGGUCUCCUGGACUCCACCCCACAGCUGGCCUACGACAACUACAGCUACCCAGCACACUACCCCACGUAUAGGUUGGGCUUUGCCCCGUCCAGCCUGGCUACAUUGGAAGGUGGGCCAGCAUACGAGAUGUAUAGCGUGGGGCCGAGCGUGGGUGCUGCCGGCUCCGCCACCACCCCGGAGACCGGACUGGGGAAGUAUGGCAGCUCCACGCGCUUUUCCUACACCUCCCAGCAUUCCGAUUACUCCCACCGGCACACGCAGAGGAUGCAGACGCACGUGUGAGCAAGGAGGGUCCUGACCCGUUGCACUGCUCUUCAUUGCUUCAGUACACUCACUCAUCCACACACACAUACACACACACACACACACACUUACAUGGGAGGAAGUUGGGUAGGAAGGAAGGAUGGAAAGUAGGAAACAGAUGAGAACAGAGCCCGAGAGACAAGAGGACAGGGUGGUAUUAGAUGAGAUGAGAAGAUUUUUCUUUGCGUCCUUCCUUGCUUUUUCCUUAGCUCAAGAAGCUGACAGCGAAAGUCACAAUCAAGAUGAAAACAGACUAGCAUCAAUGAAAGAUCUAAGAUCUUCACAAUGCUGAUUAAGUCGGCUAAUCUAUGAAUUAGUGGGCUCGCGGUUGGAACUUGAGAAAUGAAGGAAGCCUCAUUGUUCGUCAGUGUGAAAAGAGUACACUAUAUGGCAGAGGUGAUCAUGAAAGAGUUAGUUAUGGAUUCUCUUGAAUGGCUUCUUCAACUCGUCUUUACACCUUUGUGAUGCUAAUAUAAAGGAAGAAACUGUUAGAAAGCAACACAGCAGAGAUGGCACCCAGAUGAGAAUUGGAGUGGUUCAAUGAUAGUUACUGUACUCUUAAUAUGGACCUUCUUGAAUUCCUCCCUUCUGGCUCUGAGCAAAUGCAGACAAAUUAGCAAACAGAGAGCACAAUGCUAUUUACCAUAUAUUCUUGGUUACCAAAGCAUGUAUAAUUAACUGGAAACAACUUUCAGUACUCUUAGCCGCUUAACCUGUUAAUUAGUAUCUAACCAGCUAUCUAGCUUGCUAAGCUACCUCAAAAAGUGGGCUGCUAGCCUUACCGUUCAGCGACUAGUGUGGAACUAACCAGUGUUCAGUAGUCACCUUUAAUUGCCUAGCUCAGUUGUCUGAGGCAGGAUGCUGUGUCAUUCUCAAUAAUCAGUCUAAAUUGAUUAAAUAGAGCACUUCUAAGCCAUCUAUUGUUAAAAAAUAAAGAAAGAAAGAGAGAGAAUUUAGCAUCAGGUGGGAAAGGAGACCAGUUCAGGAAGCCAUUCGACAGUCAUCAGACAUGGUCAAUGGCAGCCAUCGUUCUUGCCGUCUUUUUCCACAGUGAGACAAACCAUUGGUUUGAAACCUCAGUUGGUGGAGUAUAUAGUGGGAUAUGGGGGAGGGGGCUUCAUAGUAGACCAUAUAUAUUUUUUCAUAGUGUUUUUACAUGGUGACUGAUUGAUCUUAGAGCACAUACAGUGUAAUUGCGUAUAUAUGUCUGAAUUCCCCACUCUUUUCCAUGGUGCUUCUGUAGUGGGGCCUUUGUUUGCACUGCAUUCCAGUAUUCUAUCAUAAAUUACCCUUAUAAUCUACCUGUAAUCUCUCAUUUGCACACUAGACUAGAGUGUUUUGAAUAUUCCCGAAAUACAGAAUUAUUUUUUCUCAUAUUUCUGUAAGGAAUUGUGGACCAAAGGUUCAUUGUUAGAGUAUCAGUCUUUAUUUGGGUGAUAUUCACCUUAACAAACAAGGAAAUAUGCAGAUUUGUUUGUUUUUGUCCUUUCGAGACUCAGUAACGAGUGGCAAAAAGGUGUUUUGAAGGGUCGGAGAUUUCAGAGGUCUUAAACCUUAUGAUCCAGCCUUAGGUACACAUACUGAUCUAAGAUCAGGCUGCUAUGCCAUCACCUUCGUAUAAAAGAUCAUCAGAAACCAAGUUGAACUGAUUCAGUGCUAAUCCAGAAUGGAUCUUCUGACAUUUUCUGGUUCCUGGGCUCUAACCCAGAGAACUGAAUGUUCAUACAUAUACCGUAUAUUGUGAUUUGAAGUUUAUCUCUCUACCUUAUAGAUUGGAGACUCUUCCUACACAUAUAUUCACUCCUGCUAUUUGUGCCAAUGCAGGUGGCUACUUUAUUGGAAACAUUUUUUGACCAAUAAAGUAAAGAAAAUAAAAAGAACUAAAAGAAAUAGAAAACUACCUUUUGGAGAGUUGGUCUUCAGACACAAAAAUGCCUCAGACAGAUUCUGAAGGAGAUAACCGUCCACGAUGGUGACAAGGAUGAAGACAAUCCAUCUUGACUGGUUCUCCAACCAAGAAACGAUGGGUUCCUCUUCAUCCGAGUUUCAAUACCUUUUCACAGAGUCCUGUAAAUAUUUUCCCACGUGUAACUCCUAUUCCAAGUAUUACUUUAGGUCAUCCAAUGUGAUGCACUCUUUAAAAUGCAGUAUUGUUACAUUUCAAUGGUGCGAGGGAAAAUUGGCAGGAGGACUGUGCAUCGGCAGCGGGACUUUUUUUUAAUGAUCCAUGAUAAAAACGGAGGAAAAUGAACUGGGUUCAGUUUGGACGGAGGCCGGUCCAGAGCCAAAGAGUGUUCAGAAGAGCAAGAUGCUCGUCAUCAUCAGAAAACACCUUUAUACCUGCCUGAGCUGUCAAUCAGACGGUCGCCAUGGCGCAUUUGUUUACUUCGACAGCGGGAGAAACGUCUGGAGGGGUCGUGGCCUAACCUACCAGAUCCACCUUUCUCCAGCGCCUUUCUAAAAGGAUUGAAGCGCCAUGAAAUCUCGAUGAGCGAAACACGAAGGUGUUUGUUGGUUUUAAAAAAAGAGUGGCCUUAGGAAAACAUGACUUUUAUAAUCCCUCACCUUAUAAGCCAGUUUAAGGGCAGAGUUCAACGACAGUGAUGGUAUGACAAGUGUGUGCGCGUGCGUGUCUCUCUUUAUGUAUGAAUAUCUUUAUGUAAUCAUUUACUUUCCCCAAGUUCCUGCUCCAAUACUUUUAUUCUGCUGGUAGGACUGUAUCCUGUAUAAGUGUGUCUUAGAAAACAAAAGUUGACUGUACUGUUCUUCGUAGCUGAAAUGUUCUACAGCUGUACAACAGAAGUUAAUUUUCCAUUUUUUUUAUUUCAUUUUAAUUUUUUUUCCAAUAUUUUUUAAAAAAAUGUUAUGUAAUUAUUUUUUCACAGUAUAUCAGAAAUAAAAGCACUGUUUUUAUAA